GCAUUCUAUAACCAAAAUUAGUUAAAAAACACACGUGUUGUUUUAAUAGUAAUGUACAAUUCAAAACUUCAAAAUUUUAACAAAAUAUUAUAUAUUUCAUUUUUUAAAACUUACCUAUAAUAUUUCCUGCUUUUUUUAACGUUUAUUCUAAACCAUAGCAACUAGAAAUAUGAAUUCGUUAAAGAAUAAAGAUAUUUAUAAACAAAAAAGACGGAAGAAAAGAGCAAGAAUAAUAAUAAGAAAUUUGCCAUUUCAAAUCACACAGGAUAGUUUAAAAGAUUAUUUUGGUAAAUAUGGAAAAAUUGAAGAAGUAAAAAUAUUAAUUAAAGCUGAUGGAAAACCUGUUGGUUGUGGAUUUAUUCAAUUCGAGCAAGUACAAAGUGCAGCAAAAGCAAUACAUUAUGCAAACUUAAAGCCACUUCAAGGUAGAUCUAUUGUAGUUGAUUGGGCAAUACCUAAACAUAAAUUUAAUAAAAAUAAAGCAGAAGAUAUAAAAGAUGAAAAUAAUGUUGAUGUUACCAUUAAGAAAGAACCAGAUGAAUAUGAUGAUGAUGAUAAAUCGAUAGUACAACCUAUAGAAAAAAUAAACCUAUCAAAUAAUUCGAAUGAUAAUAUGGAUGUCUCAGAUAAGGAAGAUGAAGAGGAUAUGGAAGAUUUAUCAAAGGAGGGAUACCAAGAUAUAAAAGAUGAAGAAGUGAUAGAAGAAUUCUUGGAAGACAAAAUAAAUGACGAAGAUGAAAAUAUGAAAAAGAAUUCAAAAUGUAUUUCCAAUGAUGUUCACGAAGGAAAAACUGUAUUUUUGAAAAACGUACCAUUUUCUGUGAAAAAUGAAGAACUUAAAAAAUAUAUGGAACAAUUCGGUCCAGUUUAUUAUGCUCUUAUUUGCGUAGACUCUUUAACGGAGCAUUCUAAAGGAACAGCUUUCGUUAAAUUUAAGAAUAUAGAAGAUGCUGAAAAAUGCUUAUCAGCGGGAACAGAACUACGUUUACGUGAUGCUAUUCUCGAAGCACAUAGAGCUCUUCAUAAAAAUGAUAUUACGAAUAAAAAUAAUCUGAAACAUCAAAAAGAGAAAGAUUCGAGGAAUUUAUAUCUUGUAAAAGAAGGAGUGAUAAUGGCUGGAAGUCCAGCUGCGGUAGGUGUAUCAGCUACAGAUAUGGCAAAACGAUUACAACUUGAACGUUGGAAAUCUCAAAUACUGCGUAAUUUAAACAUGUUUGUUUCAAGGGUACGCCUAGUGGUUCAAAAUUUGCCAGCAUCAUUGGAUGAUGUUAAACUUAGAUUAAUUUUUAAAAAAUAUAGUGGUACUAAGGCAAUUAUUAGAGAGGCAAGAAUUAUGCGUGAUUUAAAAAAUAUAGAUUCGAAGGGUGUAGGAAGGUCUAAAGAAUAUGGAUUCGUAACAUUCACCAAACACGAAGAUGCUCUCAAAGCUUUACGAGCUAUAAAUAAUAAUCCAAAUAUUUUUAGUCCGCACAAGAGGCCGAUAGUUGCCUUUUCAAUAGAAAAUCGUAUCAUGGUGAAUGCCAAACAAAGAAGAAUUCAAAAGAGUCAAGCACGGAAUCCACUUUAUUCAGGAAAUAAAGAUCAGAAACAAAAUAAAAAUGUCAAUAAAAUGCACUCGAUAGAAGAAACGAAAAUUGAAGAUAAGAAUGAAUUGGAAAAUGACAAAAAAUCUUUCUCAGGUGUUAAAAGUAAACCUGGAGAAACGAAGAUUAGAUCAAAAUUCAAUUUGAAAAAUCAAGGUAUCCUGCACAGUAAAAUAAUAAAGAAAGAAAAAAAGGCAGCAAAACACGAUCACAGUAGAAAAACAAAAUUGGAAAAAGCAAAGAAAGAGUUGAAGACUAAGCAAGUUACUAAAAAAGCUGAUGCGGAAGAAGCAAACUUCAAUAAACUCGUAAACAGUUAUAAAAGUAAAUUAUUAGCAUUAGGUCCAACCAGAUCAAAAUGGUACGACACUUUAUAAGAAAAAGAUGAAGAAAAAUUUUAAUUUUUUAAAUCAUAUUUAAGUAAAUAAUUAAGACAUUCAUGUAAUAACUUCUGUCCAUUUUAAUGUUUAACUUCUAAUAUUUAUCACUGAUGAAUCAAGGUAAUAUGUACGAAAUUGAUUAAUCAAGAUAAUAUGUACGAAAAAAUGUAAUAUUUUAAUAUUGAUUUCAAAAACAGUGAUAUUGAGAUUACUCGAUUUAUCCAAGUUAUUAAUCAUUGAUCGAAUGACAAAAUAUCA